CAGAGGGAAAUCACUCUCUUUCUCUCAGUCUCGUGCGGACCGUUGUGUAUAUUAAUAUAGAUUCACGUGUGUUUGUCAACCUGGAUUUGUCGGUCAAUCUUUAUUACCAAAACCCAUCAGAAAAUCAAGUGUUCGCCAUCUCUUAGUAUUAUUCGUGUUUCUCUGAUCCCUUCUCUCUCUCUCUCUCUAUAUAUAUAUAUAUGGAUGUAUAGAUUUGAUAGGGGUUGCCAUUUUUAAGCCUCUCAGGUUUUUCCCCCUUUGCUUGUUUCUCUGUGUGGUCCUCUUUCUUCUCUUCUCUUAUCUGGAGGAUGGAGCUUGCUUUGAGCCUAGGUGAAGAUACCUCCAAGCCCUUCAAGUUUCUUGACCAAAACCCUAAACUAUCAACUAAAGAUCUAGGGUUUUGCAUGGGAUUAGGAACUGGAUUCACUGCAACACCAAGAUCCCAUGAUAAAGUAGUUGAUUCUACCCUUCAAGCUGAGGCUGCUGCUGCUGCUGCUGACAUAAGAGUCUCAUCAGAUCAUCUUCCUGUUCAGCUUGAUCUUUUACCUUUCUCUCCGGUUCCCCGUAGACAGCCCCCUCCUCAGAUUCCCUUUCCAUGGCUCUCAGAUAACCUGGCGUCUGAACGGGGUUCCACAGAUGGAUCCGGUAGGGGGUUCGAUGUAAACCGGCUAUCAGCGGAGGAGGCAGAAGAAGGGGCGGCGCUGUCAUCUCCCAACAGUGCUAUGUCGUCGUUUCAGAUGGAUUUCGGGAUUAGGAGCAGCGUAGGUGGUAGAUGCAAUAAAAGAGAUAUGGAAGCUAUUGAAGCCGAGAGAGCGAGUUCAAGAGCAAGUGAUGAUGAAGAGAACGGUUUGACUCGGAAGAAACUCAGACUUUCUAAGGAACAAUCAGCUUUCCUGGAAGAAAGCUUCAAAGAACACAAUACCCUCAAUCCUAAACAAAAGCUUGCUUUAGCAAAGCAAUUGAAUCUUCGUCCUCGCCAAGUGGAAGUUUGGUUUCAGAACAGAAGAGCUAGGACAAAGUUGAAGCAGACGGAGGUGGAUUGUGAGUAUUUAAAGAGAUGCUGUGAGACACUGACAGAAGAGAACAGAAGGUUGCAGAAGGAAUUGCAAGAAUUAAGAGCUUUGAAAACUUCCCAACCUUUUUACAUGCAACUUCCAGCUACUACUCUCACCAUGUGCCCUUCUUGCGAGCGCGUGGCUACCUCCUCCGCCACCACCAAUGACAACAAGAAAAACCCAGUGGCCACCGUAGCCGCCACCGUUACCAUCCCUCUGACUACCACCACUAGCAACAAAAAUUCUACACCAUUAUCACUAGCUAAUAAGCCUAGAUUAUACCCUUUCGCUCAAGCUCAAGCUCACCAGGCUGCUUCAUGACUCAUGGCCAAUGUGUAAUUAGUAACUAGAAAAGAUAAAAAAAAAGAUGGAAAACAAAGAAAAGCAGAACUCCAUCCUUAUGUAAAUAUUUGGGGUGAAGCUUGAAGGAAUUAAUUUCUUUUUUAAUUUUUAUUUAUAUUGAAUGGGGAGGAAGCAGUUGAAGAGUGAUUGAUGUGUUCUGUUGACUGAUGACGAGGGAUUGCAUUAGAUGAGAUUUUGAUAGAAAAAUCUCAAUUUUGUGGAACUAUGUAAUUAAUUAGUUUUAUAUACAAAGAAUAUAGUUUGAAGAUUUUCUUUUAUAAA